AUGUGGCGCGCAUUUCGGAAUCUGGUGUCGAGAAUCUCGCAAGCUACACUUUCACAACCACCACCACCACCACCUUCGCAACAUGCCCUUAUAGUUCGCAAAGCCACAGCAAUGACAGGAUACAUGCAUUCAGGCGUGUCCAAGGCGGCGUCGAGGUCGACGAAUAUACCCGGCCUCACACUGGCGCAAUCAGGCGCACCCGAGAAUGCGCCCAGAGGCCCCAAGAACGGGCAAGCAGACCCUCAGCACAAUGUCCGUAAGGGUAUUAAAAGGAAGGGAAAGAGGCAUCCUCCCGAACCGCGAAAACCCCGUUCUGAAUCUCCUCCAAAAGUCCCCAGCAAAGGUUCUGGAGGCGUCCCAGAACCUACACCUGAAUACCUGGCUCAAGCAAAUCUCGCACCGGAACGUCUGCCUCAACCGCGCCGUAUACUUGUCGUCAUCGACUUGAACGGCACUCUUCUCCACCGGCCCAACAAGAAGCGUCCCUUCAACUUCACCGAGCGACCCCAUGCGAUGGCCUUUCUAAACUACUGUAUUGAAACCUUCCAUGUUGCUAUUUGGUCCUCGGCUCGUCCUGAGAACGUUGAGAGGAUGGUAGAGAAGCUCCUCGCACCCGAACAGCGAGAGCAAUGUCUUGUUACUUGGGGGCGUGAUUCUUUUAAUCUGUCGCCAGAAGACUUCAAUUCAAAAGUCCAAGUCUACAAGCGUCUUACAAAGAUAUGGACUGAUCCAAGAGUGAUGGCCGCUCACCCUCGAGCCUCUGAAGGUGGUGUAUGGGACCAGACCAAUACGAUUCUCGUCGAUGACUCGUUCGAAAAGGGCCGCAGCGAGCCUUUCAACACCCUCACGCUUCCUGAAUUCGAUGGAUUGGCUGGAGAAAUCCCAAACGUCUUGCCCCAGGUACACGACUACAUCAACGAACUCUCUUAUCAAGCAGAUAUCAGUCGCUUUGUACGACGGUCACCAUUCCAGCUUAAUCCAAACUAUGUCCUGCCGGAAUAG